UUUCUCUUCAAGAAUCUCUCAUUAUUCUCGGCAAGUUUUUUGUGCCGUUGAAGCCAAACAAGACUCUCGAUCUCUCCAGAUCUUCCUCACAUUCGUUGAGUCCGUUACCGCUUGUAGCUGAUAUUUUGCUCUGUAAUAGUCAGCUAUGGAGAGUUUCCGGGGUGGUGCUAUUAUUAUUCUGGCAUUGUUGGCUGUAUCAUGUUUGGCUUUGGUUGCAAAUGGGGAGGAGAAGACGAUUCGCGUGAAGAAGGUGAAGGGGAAGAAGAUGUGUGUACAGGGAUGGGAGUGUAGUUACUGGUCGAUCUACUGCUGUAACCAGACGAUAUCAGAUUAUUUCCAGGUUUACCAAUUUGAGCAACUCUUCGCUAAAAGAAACACUCCUGUAGCUCAUGCUGUCGGUUUCUGGGACUACCAGUCCUUUAUCACUGCUGCUGCCAUCUAUGAGCCUCUUGGCUUUGGCACCACCGGAGGAAAACUAAAGGGACAGAUGGAGAUUGCUGCCUUCCUUGGCCACGUCGCCGCCAAGACGUCAUGUGGUUAUGGAGUUGCAACUGGAGGACCGACAGCUUGGGGUCUCUGCUAUAACAGGGAAAUGAGCCCAAGCCAGUCUUACUGUGACGAGUCUUGGAAAUACAAAUACCCCUGCGCGCCUGGAGCUGAGUACUACGGUCGUGGGGCCUUACCCAUCUACUGGAACUUCAACUACGGUGCCGCGGGAGAGGCCCUGAAGGUGGACCUGCUACACCACCCGGAAUACGUCGAGCAGAACGCGACAAUUGCAUUCCAAGCCGCCAUCUGGAGAUGGAUGACACCGAUCAAGAAGUCACAGCCCUCGGCCCAUGACAUCUUCGUCGGGAACUGGAAACCGACAAAGAACGACACUCUGGCCAAACGGGGGCCCACCUUCGGAACCACAAUGAAUGUCCUGUAUGGAGAAUACACAUGCGGCCAAGGCGAUAUCGACCCAAUGAACACCAUAGUAUCUCACUACCUCUACUUCCUCGACCUCUUGGGUAUAGGCCGAGAAGAGGCCGGUCCGCACGAUGGACUCACCUGCGCCGAGCAACAAGCCUUCAACCCUUCAACUGGACCUUCUUCUUCUUCCACGUGAGUCUCCUUAUCCUUUUGUAUCGCCAUUAUUCGUGCUCAUUCGCUUGUUUGUCUCUGUGUGAAAUAAGUUGAACCACGUUUGUGGGUGUAUCUGGUGGGCUGUGUGUCAUAGAGAUUUGAAGAAUGUAUCUUUGUAUUUUGUAUGUAAACCUACUUGUUGUUGUAUUGUAUUAUUUUGCAAACGAUAUGUAAAUCGGGACAAAACGAACCAUGAACGAUAUUGGGUUAUGUUUAUUGACGCCUUGACGUGUCGGUUUACUCA